AAAAUCUGAAACGCAAUAUUAUAUUACGCUGACACUGUUUUGGUAUUCAAUAAAUCACACACUUGGCUGUUUGACGAAUGUUCGGUCUCUACGGCGCAACAAACUUUCUUUGCAUUUUAUUUUUGCUCCAAACUUACUCACAACGUAUUCAGGUAAUUUAUGAAGGGCAGAAUGUUGCAUUCUAUUGUAAUGCUACCGGUGGCUCCAAAAACGAUUACAUACACUACCAAUGGGAGGUAAAUAAUCGUGAUCUAAUAGCCACUGAUGCCUACUUUCAUAUAAGAGGCAUCCAAAAAAGUGAUGAAGGUGAGUAUAAAUGCAUCGCCACGCAAUAUGUAAAUGGGACUCCCAUCGUUGCAACUGAAUCCACAUUUAUCAGUGUACGCAAAGCUGAUUCCAUCAUAACUCAAGAUGUCGAAGAAGGAAUUUUGGUUCGAAUUUUAUGCAAUGUAAGUAGUGAUGAGAAACCCGAUGGUGCUGGUCCAUUUCGAUAUGAAUGGCGUAAUCCAAAUGGUACAUUAGUUGGAACUCAAUGGAAAUUAGAAUUGGGUCACAUCAAAGUACAUGAAUCAGGGAUAUAUGUCUGCCGUGUAUCAUAUGAAUUUGAUAAGAGACAAAUGUCUACCAGCUCUGCGACAAAAAUAAAUGUUAUUCCACGUGCCGGUGUAAUAUUUCCAGGGAUUCGUGGAAACGUAUUAGAAGUUUUAGAAACUGGUGAUAUUUUGCAAGAAUGUCAAGUAGUCAGUGCAAAACCAUCUCAGUAUAACUUUCAAUGGUUUGGUCCAGAUGGUCGUUUAAUAUCUAAUUCCGCAUUUCUUCAAAGAGAUUAUAUAACAAGACAACGAGAUGAAGGUAUUUACCGAUGUGUGGGUAGUCCAAUUGAAGAAGGAAGAUUACAAGUCGAGAAUAGCCUAAUUGUAACAACAGCACCACUACGUUUCCAGAUUACAACAUUAGAGGAGGACUUAAAUAUUGGAGGUUUUACACAUCGCCGCAUAAUACUAGUUGAUUCAUCUAAACCAAAUCUUACUACUCGUGAAACUUUUAUAUACCAGUGGCUAGACACAGAGAUGAAUCCAAUUCUUGAUUCAAUGGGGCCGGAUUUACGUAUCAACUUUCAUAGUCCUUCAGAUUUCGGACGGUAUUCAGUUCGUAUCACUGGCUUGAAUUCUGGUUAUCAGAGAGAUCUGAGUACUUAUAUUACUUUGGAUGGCCGAAAUGGUGAAGUGGAACCAACUUAUUCUGUUGUAAUUCGAGAAAUUUCUGGUCCCCUUUAUUUAAAUGCACGAUUAGAAUUGGAAUGUUCUCCAAGACCACCAAAUUCAGCUGCUAGAAUUAAUUGGCUUGGCCCAGAUGGAAUGGUAGUUUCCGAUUCUAGUAACAUAGUAUUUGAACGUUUCCAACCUCAUCAUCAAGGUAGAUACACAUGCCAAAUUUUAUUACCGAAUCAGAUUAUUUUACGUCAAAGUGUAGAGUUGGUUGUUUCCGGGACAUCAACAGAAAUUCCAGAACCUGACAGACUCUAUACAAUUCGAAUUAUUCAAUCACCUACAUAUUUCAGAUAUAAUGAUGCUGUACACCUGCAAUGCAUUGUUUCUCCUACACCUCCAUUGGUAUCUUAUGAGUGGUUUAAAGAUGGAGUGCUUAUUGGACGACAAGCAGAUAUCCAUAUAGAGAGAUUUUCCCCAGAUGAUGUUGGUCGGUAUCAAUGUGUUGCCCGACUUGACAGUAUGGUACUUACCUUUAACAGUACAAUAUCUAUUGACGAUGGCACAGGAGUGGAUUUAAUCAUGCGACCUAAUAUAAUAUAUAUUCCAGCAUUUCAUCCAUUUGAAAUUGAAUGUUUAUCUAUACGUACCGGUUUAUCACCUAUUGCUAUAUUUGGUAAUGGUGCACCUAUUGAAUCAGAUAAUCGUUUUACAAUUAUAAAACCAAACGAACAAAGAUUAAUUAUAAAAGCUACAGAUGGUUUAUCUAGUGUUUAUAAUGGUUUACGUAUACGUUGUAUGUUACCAGGACUCAAUUAUAAAGAAGUUACAUUAUACAUAAUGGAUAUUUGUACAGCUAGUCAAUCACAAUGUAGAACUCGACAAUGUAUUCAAACCUCUCUAAUAUGUGAUGGUAAAGCUGAUUGUCUUGAUAAAUCAGAUGAGGGUAGCAGUUUUUGCAAUGCUGGACUUACUGUGAUUCCAACUCGUAUUGUAGUCAAACCAUCAGAACCAUUUUCACUUAAAUGUCAAACUAUUUUACCAGGGACUAGGAUGCCACAUGCACGUUUUGUAUAUAGCGGUAAAGAUGUAGAGUCUGACCCUCGAUUUAUUAUUGAGAGAUCUCCAGGUAUUUUGCUUAUUAAGGCACCAAAUGGACUUUCAGCAGAAGCCAAUGAUACAAGAAUUGAAUGUUACUUUCCUGAUGAAAGCCCUAGAACUGCAAUAAUCAAUGUAGUUCCAGAUCGAUGUGGUUUAGGAUACUUUAUGUGUUAUGACGGAAGUUGUAUACAACAAUCUCAGAGAUGUGAUGGACAAACUCAAUGUCCCGAUGGAUCUGAUGAAAUUAAAUGUGUUUGCCAACCACCUCGCAUUCUUUGUUCUUCUGGUGAGUGUAUUACUACUGAAAUGCGAUGUGACGGUAUACAACAUUGUCGAGACGGCUCAGAUGAAAUCGCUUGCCCUCCUCGUUGUCGUCCUGGUCAAUAUCAGUGUUCUUCUGGUGAAUGCAUUGAACAACAAAUGAGGUGUGAUGGUCGGCAAGAUUGUCGGGACGCUUCAGAUGAGACUGGUUGCCCUCCUCGUUGUCGUCCUGGUCAAUAUCAGUGUUCUUCUGGUGAAUGCAUUGAACAACAAAUGAGGUGUGAUGGUCGGCAAGAUUGUCGGGACGCUUCAGAUGAGACUGGUUGCCCUCCUCGUUGUCGUCCUGGUCAAUAUCAGUGUUCUUCUGGUGAAUGCAUUGAACAACAAAUGAGGUGUGAUGGUCGGCAAGAUUGUCGGGACGCUUCAGAUGAGACUGGUUGCCCUCCUCGUUGUCGUCCUGGUCAAUAUCAGUGUUCUUCUGGUGAAUGCAUUGAACAACAAAUGAGGUGUGAUGGUCGGCAAGAUUGUCGGGACGCUUCAGAUGAGACUGGUUGCCCUCCUCGUUGUCGUCCUGGUCAAUAUCAGUGUUCUUCUGGUGAAUGCAUUGAACAACAAAUGAGGUGUGAUGGUCGGCAAGAUUGUCGGGACGCUUCAGAUGAGACUGGUUGCCCUCCUCGUUGUCGUCCUGGUCAAUAUCAGUGUUCUUCUGGUGAAUGCAUUGAACAACAAAUGAGGUGUGAUGGUCGGCAAGAUUGUCGGGACGCUUCAGAUGAGACUGGUUGCCCUCCUCGUUGUCGUCCUGGUCAAUAUCAGUGUUCUUCUGGUGAAUGCAUUGAACAACAAAUGAGGUGUGAUGGUCGGCAAGAUUGUCGGGACGCUUCAGAUGAGACUGGUUGCCCUCCUCGUUGUCGUCCUGGUCAAUAUCAGUGUUCUUCUGGUGAAUGCAUUGAACAACAAAUGAGGUGUGAUGGUCGGCAAGAUUGUCGGGACGCUUCAGAUGAGACUGGUUGCCCUCCUCGUUGUCGUCCUGGUCAAUAUCAGUGUUCUUCUGGUGAAUGCAUUGAACAACAAAUGAGGUGUGAUGGUCGGCAAGAUUGUCGGGACGCUUCAGAUGAGACUGGUUGCCGAGAACGAGUAAAUAUUCGUGUAGUGCCAGAUGUCAUUUAUACACAACCGUACGAAAGAUGGAAGUUUGAAUGUUCUGUGUUGGGUGCAGAUGUAGAACCAAUAGUUAAAUUUCAAGAUGGUAGACUUGUCGAAUCAGAUCCUAACUUUCGAGUCACUCGCAUUGAUCCUAACACUGUUAGUGUUGAAGCGAUUCAUGGCUUAACGGAAAAAAAGGAGCGUUUCAGUUUCAUAUGUACAUUCCCUGGUGGACCAGAAGAGGAGAUAGACGUUUUCGUUCGACGACGAUGUCCUCAUGGUCAAUUCAUGUGUAAAGAUGGAACAUGUCGUCCAGAAACUGAUUUCUGUAAUGGUCAAGUUGAUUGUCCUGAUGGUUCAGAUGAGCGACCUCCAUAUUGUAGACAAAUUAUACAAGUGGAAAUCAAACCAAGCAUUAUUCAUGUUCAACCAUAUAAACCUUUUGAAUUUGAAUGUAUUUCCCAUGUUCCUGGAAUAAAACCAGAAGCUCGAUUAUCUAGCGGUAUACUUGUAAGUCAAGAUCCACGUUUUAAUGUGGAAUAUCUUUCACCGAAUCGUCUUCGUGUUAAUGCAAUAUAUGGUUUGACAGAUAGAGAUCAUCCUUUCCAGAUUCAUUGUAUCUUCCCUGGAUUAGAAAAUAGAACUACUGUAAUAGAAAUUGAAAGACCUUGUCCAAGUGGACAGUUUCAAUGUAUGGAUGGACGAUGUUUACCAUUUAAUUUAUUUUGUGAUGGCAAAUCGGAUUGUUCAGAUAGUUCAGAUGAAAGUGAACGAUACUGUGCUGUAAACAUCAGAGUGACACCAGGUUCGAUUCGUGUGAUCCCAAAUCAACGUUUCCAAUUCGAAUGUUCAACAUCGAUCCCAGGUGUAUCUCCCCAAGUAACUUUUGACGAGCGUUCGGUAGAAAGAGAUAAUCGUUUUGUUGUUACUCGUCCAAGUCUUCAAACUAUAGUGGUGACAGCACCAACUGGUAUAUCAGAUAUUGGAGCUCACAAAUUUAAAUGUAUUGUAUCCGUAAAUAUUGUUAAAGAAGUUGAUGUAGAAAUCAUAAGUGAAUGUCCACCUGGGCAAGCAAAGUGUAGAUCUGGUGAAUGCUUGCCAAGAGCAGUAUUUUGUGAUGGUAAAUAUGAUUGUUCAGAUAGAUCAGAUGAAGAUCCAAGAUCUUGUGUUCCUACAAUUAUUAUUACUCCGUCAACAAUUUUAACAAAAACACAUGAAUCCUUCCAAUUUGAAUGUAAAUCAGUUAUACCAGGUGGUGAACCACAAAUUACACUUGAAGGUUCUCCAGUUGAAAAUGAUCCCAGAUUUACAAUUAUACGCCCAAGCCGUGAACAUGUUAUUGUUCGAGCAGAAAAUGGUAUUGCUGAUCCUGGAAAAUAUUCUUUCACCUGUACUGUAGUUAGUGCACCUAGUAAAACAAUCGUGGUACAAGUUGAAUCAGUGUGUCCACCUGGCUAUUCUAAGUGCAAAGAUGGAACAUGUAUCCUGAGUCAUCAGUUUUGUGAUGGAAUAGCUCAUUGUCGAGAUGGCUCAGACGAAGACAAGUUACGGUGCCCUGAAGUAACUGCUGAUGUACGAGUCCACUUUACUCCUGGUGAAUUACGGAUUCAGCCUGGUCGAGCAUUCCGUUUGGAAUGUGUGACGGAUAGACCGGGCACAUCUCCAGUUUUACAGUUUCUUGAUGGGAGAUCAAUCACAAGUGACCAACGAUUUGUGGUUUCUAGGCCAUCAACUGAACGUGCAGUCAUAGACGUUCCUGGAGGCCUUGAUGCUAGAGACAGACAGAUCAUAAUCGAAUGUAUAUCUCCCAGUGGCGAAAGAAAAACAUCAACCAUCUUCAUCGAACUAGGUUGCCAACCAGGACAAAGACGAUGUCCCAAUGGGCAGUGUAUAUUUGUUGGUCAAUUCUGUGAUGGGAAACCUGAUUGCGAUGAUGGAUUUGAUGAGAGACCUGAAAAUUGUGGUAUAUUCUUCAUAUUCUGCAUAUUAUAUAUCCUGAUUACUUAUUCCCGAAUUUCUGCUGUCAGUAAAUACUUACUUACUUUCUUACUUACGCCUGUUACCAUCCGUGGAGCAUAGGUGGCCUACCGGGGUUCUCCAACCAACUGUGUCAUCAGACAAUCAUUAAAAAAUGCACCCACAAGUCAUAAUUUGAAUCACCUUAUGACAACUGUCAAAACUAUAUUUCAGUGUGCGUUGAAAUAUUUUAAAUAUAUCAAAAUUUAGAAAAUAUAUGGAUUUGCGAAAAUGUAUCAGCACUUAUUAAGUAGGGUAGAAGGAAAAUAACAUAGAAUGGUCUAAUCAGCAGAAACGAAGUCCGGUUAUAAUCAGAUAAAAAGUGGUGCUAUAUAAUCUUCGAUAGUACUUACAUAUUGUUAGGUUGUAUUAAUAACAGAAAGUAAACAAAUGCUCUAUGACUGAUAACUUUUCAAAAGCAAGGAACCUUUUGAAUAGACAGUAUCAACAGUUAAAAUAUGAACUGUAUUCAGAUGUCGUUUUCCUCCAAGACAGGUUUACGUUAUACUCUGAAAUGCAAUCAUUAUUUAUCUGACGACUAUUUGUCACAAAAUCUAAAUCUCUUCAAAUCGACGUCCUGCCGAAAGGAAUGGUAUCAUCUUAUCAUAUACAACUCUAGAGUAAACGCUGAACAUAAAUGUCAUUAACCUAGUAUUUGAUGAAAAUUAACUUAUUUUUAUUAUUUUGAUUAGAAUGGUGCUAACAGUUUUCUAAUUCCAAUGAUUACAGAGUACUGUGAUCCAAUAACAAAACCAUGUGAAAUUGUGAAUGGUAUAUCACCUAGAGAAAAAACCUAUGAACUACAUUGGAGAUGUGAUGGUGAAGAUGAUUGUGGAAAUCGAUUUGAUGAACAAAAUUGUUUGAAUGACACUCGUGUACCAAAUAAAGAGUGUGGUGCUACUCAUUUCAGAUGUGGUACUGCACCAUAUCAAUAUAUACCAUUUGCAUACUGGUGUGAUGGAGGUCGUGAUUGUCGAGGUGGUGAAGAUGAAGCUGAUUGUUCGCCACCUACUAUAAUUCAAACUCAACGUCAAGAAACUCAUAGAGUUCGUCCUGGUGGUAGACUGAUUUUAGAAUGUGAAGCAUCCGGCGUUCCACCACCUAUGAUUAUUUGGCGUUUCAAUUGGAGAUGUCUUCGUGAUGAAACACGAAUGAGGACCCAAGCUGUGCCAAGUUCGCUUGAAUGUAAGGGUUCAAAAAGUCGUCUAACGAUCGAAAACUUCAGGGAAGGUGACGAUGGAAUUUACAAUUGUGAAGCACUGACAUCGAAAGAAAGAGCUAUGUCCCAGGAUAUAUUUGUUUUUCUAUCUCCUUAGUUAUGUUUUCAUUUUCAAGUGAUAUUAUAAAAUAUCAAGUUGAAUUAAUAGUUAUGUUAUCAUUUUAUCAUAUAUUUUUCAAAUUUCUAAUUUAAUUCUAUAUGCCAAAAUAGCAAUGUUCUGAAUUUCACAAUAGUAUAUCUUUAAAUCAUCAUACAAUUAAUUUUGCCCUUUGGAAUUUUAAUUUUCAAGUUAUACGUUAUUCUGUUAUAUGAAAUUUUAAAUAUAAUGCUUAAUUGAAGAGAUUCCAACUUUUAGUAAACCAUUUACAAAAUUUUAAGCUCAGAGAUCAAAGCAUACUUACUUAUACCUGUUAUUCUUCAAGGAGGAGAAUAGGCUACCCACCAACAUCCCCCGUCCAACCCUCUCCUCAGCAAUCCUUUCCAGUUGUUAUUCAUCCUCUCUACGUCUCGGACCAAGUGUCUUUUUUGACUUUCCUCUUUUCCAUUUACCUUCAGGAUUGCAAAUUAUCACUUGUCUCGUGAUACAGUUUGAUGAUUUCCGUAAUAUAUGUUCUAUCCACUUCCAACGUAUUUUCCUAAUUUCCUCUUCAGCU